GCUCUCUCCUCGACAGAGAGAAAUUAGAGAGAGAAAGAUGGGUAGUAGUAGGCAAGUCUCAGCGAGAGUUAGUUUUGACCUUCUCUUUCUCUUUCUCUUUCUCUUCCUGUUGUCUAUGGUAGGUUCACACCCUGAAACCCUCUUCUCUUCCCCUUCACCCAACCAUUGUCCCCUUAAAUCUCUUCACGCUCUUCAAGCAUUGUUCGCUAUCAUAUUUUCCCCAGCCCUAAUCCUAAUUUCCCUCCACCCCCUCUGUGCCACCGAACUCGCUUUUUUCUUGGAUUUCGUUCCUACCCAUUGAUGAUUUCCCUCAUAACGAAGUUUUCUCGCGAAUUUUUCCCUAAAACUUGCAAUCUAUUGUGCGCGAAAUCCGUGAUUUGAUGGUGGGAAUCUAAAUUCUUCGAUUAUUGACGAUACCAGCUUUUUGUCGCUUGGUUUCUUUGUAUUUCUAAUAAUUAAAAUCACGCAAUCGAUUGAUAUCGACCCACAUUCUGCUCAAAUACUGCAACCCAGUUCGCCGGAACAUCCCAAAAAGCUUGAGAUUCACUGCGUGGAUUCAUGGGAAAUUGCUGCGCCGCACCCUCUGUUUCUUCCGGGAAGAAAAAGGGGAAAAAGAAACAGAACCCAUUUCCUAUCGACUACGCUGGGAACCACACAUCUGCCAAUGGAGAACACAAGCUCGCUGUACUGAAAGAUCCGACGGGUCGCCAAAUUGAGCUCAGAUACGAAGUCGGUCGCGAGCUUGGGCGAGGUGAGUUUGGGAUAACGCAUCUGUGCACCGAGAAAUCUUCUGGGGAACUGUUUGCUUGCAAAUCUAUAUCGAAGGAGAAGCUGAGAACUGCAGUAGACAUCGAGGAUAUGAGGAGAGAAGUGGAGAUCAUGAAGCAAUUGCCUCAGCAUCCCAACAUUGUGAGCUUAAAGGAUACUUGCGAAGACAACAAUGCCGUCCAUUUAGUGAUGGAGCUGUGCGAGGGUGGAGAAUUGUUCGAUCGCAUUGUAGCGCGCGGCCAUUACACAGAGCGGGCGGCUGCAGUUGUUACAAGGACCAUUGUUGAAGUUGUUCAGAUGUGCCACAAGCAUGGGGUGAUGCAUCGGGAUCUCAAGCCAGAGAACUUUUUGUUUGCAAACAUGAAGGAAACAGCACCCUUAAAGGCUAUUGAUUUCGGAUUGUCUGUGUUCUUCAAACCUGGCGAGAGGUUUACUGAGAUAGUAGGAAGUCCAUAUUACAUGGCUCCUGAGGUGCUAAGACGGGAUUAUGGACCAGAAGUAGAUGUCUGGAGUGCUGGAGUAAUUCUGUACAUUUUGCUUUGUGGUGUACCACCCUUUUGGGCAGAAACUGAACAAGGAGUUGCACAAGCAAUUAUUAGGUCAGUCAUCGAUUUUAAGAGGGACCCCUGGCCACUAGUUUCUGAUAAUGCAAAAGAACUUGUCAGGAAGAUGCUUGAUCCUGAUCCAAGAAGGCGGCUUACAGCUCAAGGAGUGUUAGAUCAUCCUUGGUUACAGAAUGCCAAGAAGGCUCCAAAUGUUUCCUUAGGUGAAACUGUGAGGGCAAGGCUCAAACAAUUUUCUGUAAUGAACAAGCUCAAGAAAAGAGCUCUAAGGGUAAUAGCUGAACAUUUGUCGGUCGAUGAAGUAGCUGGCAUAAAGGACGGAUUCCAGCUUAUGGACACCACUAACAAAGGCAAGAUCAACGUUGAUGAGCUAAGAGUUGGGUUGCAAAAGCUUGGUCAACGAAUCCCUGAUGCAGAUCUCCAAAUACUAAUGGAAGCUGGUGAUGUAGAUGGAGAUGGAUUUUUGGAUUAUGGAGAGUUUGUAGCGAUUUCUGUCCAUUUAAGGAAGAUGGGCAAUGAUGAGCAUCUUCGGAAAGCCUUCGAGUUCUUUGAUAAGAACAGGAGUGAAUAUAUAGAAAUUGAAGAGCUAAGGGAUGCCUUGGCUGAUGAAGUCGACAACAAUAGUGAAGAAGUCAUUAACGCCAUCAUGGGAGACGUGGAUACAGAUAAGGACGGGCAAAUAAGUUACGAGGAGUUUGCUGCAAUGAUGAAGGCUGGUACAGAUUGGAGGAAAGCAUCGAGGCAGUAUUCACGGGAGCGGUUCAAUAGUCUUAGCCUGAAGUUGAUGAGGGAUGGAUCAUUGCAGUUGAACAAUAAGAACAGAUGACUUGAGAAUUUCGAUUCUUUUUUUGGUUUGAUAAUUUUUUUAAUAUUAUUUUUAGUCUUCAUGAGACCCUGUUUAGGGUUAAUGAGGACUGGGUCUAUUGGUGUUAAUGCCCUUAUGAAUUGAUAUUUUUUACCCCCUCAUGGGAGAUUUUGUAUGAGAAGAAGAGGUGAAGGUUGUAGGGGGGAAGGGAUGAUGGCUAUUUGUUUUUGUAAAUAUUAAUUUGGCAAUGCAUUUUCAUUUAUUUAUUUA